AUGGCCAAAACACGCACCCGCAGCGGCUGCGCCCAAUGCCGCAAAAGCAAGGUGAAAUGCGACGAGAAGAAACCCAUCUGCACGCGCUGCCACAAAAAAGGCUUCCCGUGCACCCCGGAAGAAAUCACCCUGAAGUGGGAGUCGGACUAUCACAGCCGGGGGCUGGCGUUUGGGCGGACGGGCGUGUGGAAGAGGAGCUCGAGCUCAUCAGAUAGACAGAUUCCGGCCCAAUGCGAUGAGCAGCAGUGGGCUGUGACUCGGGCGGUGCGGCCGUGGAGUUUUCUGAAUUGGGAUGCUGGGGCGUUGGAGCAGCUAUACAGCAGUGGACGAUGUGCGGUGCCGGUGAGGGUCAGAGAUGCAAUGGAGAUUGGAUGGAGUCAGCCGUUGCCGUUGACGGAUUCGCCGUCGAUGUUUCCAGAAUUGAGAGAUCCUGUCUUGCUGGAGUACUACGUUCAUCAUGUCUGCCCGCGCACGACAUCCAGUGCGAAGACAGCGUCGCCAUUCGCGUCGGUCAUUCUGCCCUUCUGCCUCAAUGGCUCUGCGACUGUCUUGAAAGCAAUCCAGGCGUUGGGCGCGUGUUCCUGGUCUCAGUCCAACCCAGCUCACAUUGGGACUGCAAUGCGUCUGAAAUCACAAGUCCUGCAGGAUCUGCGCCACAAGAUCGCCCACAACCCCUCCUUUAUCGUCUCCAAAGACCCAGAAGUCCUCGUGCUCAUGAUGAUGCUAUCACUGUACGACAUUGUCGAUCGAUGCGACAAGGGCUGGGUCGUCCACAGCCAGGGCGCAAAGGAAAUCAUGCGACUGCGCAAACACCAUCUCCCGUCCUCUGCAUCUGAUGAUGUCACGGCCUUUGCUGAGCUCUUCUUCGCCUUCCAGGACGUCAUGGGCCGGACGGCCUGCGCGAAAGCAGACCUCUUUGGUCCAGCGUAUUGGGACGAGGAUGAUUGCGCCGUUCAUCCGUGGAUGGGAUGUAGCCCCGCCCUCGUGUCGAUUCUCUUCUCCAUCCUAGAUCUAAGCCGUACAAGACGACAGGCCAUCACAGCCCCAGAACAGGCUGCAUUCUCUAUCAAAGCCUCCGCCAUCAACUGCCGGUUAAUCGAUCUGAACCAAGUCGUGCACGACCCGGCCGAUGAGUCCCUCCACGCAGCGGCUCAGCUCAAACGCCUCGCCUGUACUUUAUAUCUGCACUGCUCGCUCUACAACGCAGACCCAUCCACUCCCGCGGUGAUAUCCCGCGUGCACCAGAUCCUUGACACGUUGUCUUCCCUCCUCGCGCGGAAGAUGGUCGUGAAUGCAAUGUGGGCGAUAUUUGUCGCGGCGGUCGAACUCAACCCGGCUGAUGAUACCCUCUGGCCGGAUCCAACAGGGCAGUCUGUCUGUGGGCGGGCGUUGAUCCUGCACGCCCUAUCUAGCCUCGGCGCAUCGAGUGUAUCAAGUGUUGCUCGAACGCGAUCUAUCAUUGAAAAAGUAUGGCAGGCUAGAGAUUUUGGCAGUUUUCAAGAGUCUGCUGAUGGGUGUAAUGACUGGGAGUGGCAUGUUGUCCCAUUAAGCGAUGCAUUGAGUUUGGUGUAG